AUGGUGGCCAUCGGGGCGGUCGUCGCGGUUGGCAGCGGGAGGGUCGGGGUGGGCGGCGGCAAGGACAUGAUCACACCGAAGCUAUCUGAUACCAAAUUGGUAGGAGAAAGAGGUGUGCAGUUGUCAGGAGGCCAGAAACAAAGAGUAGCUAUUGCAAGGGCAAUGCUGAAGGAUCCACCAAUUCUCCUUCUGGAUGAAGCGACAAGUGCCCUUGAUUCAGAGUCAGAAAAGCUAGUGCAGGAUGCACUUGAGAGAGCCAUGCAUGGAAGGACAGUUAUACUGAUAGCCCACAGGAUGUCCACAAUUGUAAAUGCUGACACCAUUGUUGUCGUAGAGAAUGGAAGUGUGGCACAGACCGGGACACAUCAAGAGUUGCUCGAGAAAAGCACAUUCUACUCAAACGUAUGCAGCAUGCAAAAUAUUGAGAAGGAAUCUGGAAAGAUGGUAGCAAGCCCUUCUGAUAAAGUAAUAGAAGAACAAACUGAUGAAGCAUACAACAGACAGCCCUCCAUGAAGCAAGGACAACAGAACAAACUAGAACCAAUAAACUCAAAGCAAUCAAAGCAAGAGGUCAGAACGGAAAUACCUCCUUUCUUCAGAAUUUGGUAUGGGCUACGUAGAGACGACAUUGCAAAACUUCUAUUAGGAUCCUCAGCAGCGGCCAUCUCUGGAAUCUCAAAGCCCUUGUUUGGUUACUUCAUCAUGACAAUUGGCGUGGCAUACUAUGAUCAAGAUGCAAAAAGAAAAGUCAGCAAAUAUUCUUUGAUUUUCUUCGGGGCUGGGAUGGUCACACUGGCCAGUAGCAUCUUGCAGCACUACAUUUAUGGCGUUAUUGGAGAAACGGCAAUGAAAAACCUAAGAGAGGCCCUCUUUUCAUCUGUGCUCCGAAAUGAGCUUGGUUGGUUUGAAAAGCCAAAGAAUGGUGUAGGAUCUCUUACCUCACGCAUUGUCAGUGACACAUCAACAGUAAAGAGCAUCAUAUCUGAUAGGAUGGCAGUCAUUGUGCAAUGCAUCUCUUCAAUCCUGAUAGCAACAACGGUAAGCAUGUUCGUCAACUGGAGGAUGGGUUUAGUAUCAUGGGCAGUCAUGCCAUGCCAUUUCAUCGGCGGCCUUAUCCAAGCCAAGUCAGCCAAGGGAUUUUACGGCGACGCUGCUAUCGGUCACCAGGAGCUCGUGUCCCUUGCUUCGGAGGCUGCUAGCAACAUCCGGACCGUGGCAUCCUUUGUUUAUGAAGAUGAAAUCAUGAAGAAAGCAGAACUGUCGCUGCAAGAACCCAUGAGAAUCACCAAGAUUGAGAGCAUGAAGUAUGGGAUAAUCCAAGGGAUCUCGCUCUGCCUGUGGAACAUCGCACAUGCAGUGGCACUCUGGUACACCACAGUUCUGGUCCAGAGAAAGCAAGCAUCAUUUGAGAACAGCAUACGGUCAUACCAGAUAUUCUCGCUCACGGUGCCUUCCAUCACAGAGUUAUGGACCCUGAUUCCCAUGGUCAUGUCAGCCAUAACAAUACUGAAUCCUGCAUUUGACAUACUUGACAGAGAGACGCAGAUCGUGCCAGAUGAACCAAAAGCGACAAGUGACCGCUGGCUCGUGGGGAGAAUUGAGUUUCAGGGUGUGAACUUCAACUAUCCAUCACGCCCAGAGAUCACCAUUCUGGAUGGCUUCAAUCUAGUCAUCGAGCCUGGCCAAAGGGUAGCAUUGGUUGGCCCAAGCGGUGCAGGAAAAUCCUCUGUCCUGGCUCUCAUACUGAGAUUCUACGAUCCGCACAGAGGUACAGUGCUAGUUGACAACAAAGACAUAAGGGACUACAACCUCAGAUGGCUCAGGAGGCAAAUUGGAUUAGUUCAACAGGAACCAAUUCUGUUCAACACAUCCAUCAGAGAUAACAUUAGUUAUGGAAGUGACGAAUCUUCAGAAACUGAAAUCAUCCAGGCUGCCAUGGACGCAAACAUUCACGAGUUCAUCAGCGGUUUGCCAGAAGGGUACGGCACAGUCGUUGGAGACAAAGGAGGUCAGCUUUCAGGAGGGCAGAAACAGCGCAUAGCUAUCGCAAGAACUCUACUAAAGAAGCCAGACAUUCUGCUUCUUGACGAGGCAACUAGCGCACUCGAUGGUGAGUCUGAGAGGGUGGUGAUGACUUCUUUAGGGGCCAAGGAGUGGAACAACAGAGGUGAGCGAUCAAGCAAUAUUACAAGCAUCGCAGUGGCGCAUAGAUUGUCCACAGUCAUAAAUGCAGACAUGAUUGUUGUGAUGGAGAAAGGGAAGGUGGCUGAAAUCGGUGACCACCAAACACUGAUAUCUGCAGAUGAUGGUGUUUACUCAAGGCUGUUUCACUUGCAAAGCAACAUGAAGGAUUGAUAGCUCUAUCAAGCCCCAUUGUAGCCACGAGACCUGAUCUAAAUAUAUUUAGGUGCUUUGCCAGCAUUUGCAGUAUUGCUCAGAUGCAUUUACUGUCAGUUGACAGAUUGUAAUAACAUAGCUAUCUCUUCAUAUGUUCAAGAUGCUUCAUCCAUGAGUUAAAAAAAUGGGUCAUAUUGUCCUCCAUCCAACUUAUAUUUGCCACAUUUGGAGUAUCAUACCGAAGUACUCUUUUCUAUCAAUUAGGUCAUUCCUCUAUGAUU